GCAAGCCUGCCGAAGCUUAGCUCCGCGUGCCUCGGAGUGAAAUGAAUGGCCAUCUCCACCUCAUCCCCCUCCUCCCCUCACCCGCUCCACCUCCCCUCCCCGCCCCCUCCCUUCCUCCCCUUCCCGCCCGCGCCGUCUCCUCCUACGCCUUCCCAUGGUCCCCCUCCCCGCCUACCCGUCCGCGCGCACGCCGCCGACCCCCGCGCCGCGCACGCGGUGGCGGUCAAGUCCGGCGCGCUGGGCACGUCCACCUCCCCGGACGCCCGCGCCGCGAAUGCCGUCAUGUGCGCGUACCUCCGCGCGGGCCGCCUGGCCGACGCGCGGGGCGUGUUCGACCGGAUGCCCGCGCGCGACGCCGCCUCCUACAGCGCGCUCAUCUCGGGCCACGCGCGCCUCGGCUCCCCCGCGUCCGCCGCCGCCGCGCUGCUCGCCCGCAUGCGCCUCGCGGACGCGCUGGACCCCACCGAGUACACCUUCGUCGGCCUCCUCACCGCCUGCGCCCGCAGGGGCAACCCGCGGCUCGGGGCCCAGGUGCACGCGCUCGCCGCCAAGUCCGGCCACUGCUCGUGCUCCGGCCCCGGGUCGCUCCUCGUCGACAACGCGCUCCUCGGCAUGUACGUCAAGUGCGGCCGCCUCGGGGACGCGCUGAGGGCGUUCGACGGCAUGGAGCGCCGCGACGUCUCCUCGUGGAACGCCGUCCUGGCCGGCCUGGUCGAGCUGGGGCGGCACGAGGAGGCGUUCGGGCUGUUCGGCGAGAUGCGGGCGAGCGGGGUCCGCGCCGACAGCUUCUCCCUGUCGGCGCUCCUGGCCGCGGCGGGCGAGGGGUUCGGCCUCCCCGAGGGGGAGGCCGUGCACGCGCUGUCGCUCAAGUCCGGGCUGGAGACGGACCUGAGCGUGGGCAAUGCGCUCAUCGGGUUCUACGCGGAGCAUGGCAGCUCCGUCGAAGACGUGGUGAGCGUGUUCCAGGGGAUGCCGGUGAAGGAUGUGAUUUCGUGGACCGGGUUGCUGAAUGGGUACAUGGAGUUCGGUCUGGUCGACAUGGCUCUGGACGUGUUUGAUCGGAUGCCUGAGAGGAACUUUGUCACAUACAAUGCGGUCCUGACCGGGUUUUGUCAGAACAAGGAAGGCGUGCGGGUCACGUUCGCGAAGAAGGCAGGGCUCCGAGGCCUGGGGCUGUUUAGGCAAAUGGUGGAGGAUGGGCUGGAGGUCUCAGAUGUCACGGUGACCAGUGCUCUGAACGCCUGUGCUAUUGCUGCAGAUAGGAAGGUGAGUGAGCAGGUUCAUGCUUUUGUGAUUAAGUGCGGCUGCGGCUCUACUCCUUGGAUAGAUGCCGCGUUGAUCGAUAUGUGCAUCAAGUGCGGCCGUUCUGGGGAUGCACAUCUGUUGUUUGAGCAAUGGCGCCAUCAAGAGAGCUUUCAUAUUGCUUGGAAUUCUUUGCUGCUGGCUAGUGUCAGAGAUGGCGAGUAUGAGAAAGCACUUUCAACCUUCCUUCAGAUGUUUAGAAGCAGUGGUGUAGGAUUCAUCGAUGAGUUCAUGCUGACUGCUGCCCUUGGAGUAUGUGGCGCUCUGGGUUUUGCUGAACUUGGAAAGCAAAUGCAUUCCUUUGCUGCAAAAUCUGGGCUUCUGUAUGCUUGUGGAGUCGGUAAUGCUAUCAUCAGUAUGUAUGGCAAGUGUGGGGAGUUGGAUGAUGCAGUCAAUUUCUUUGAGCGGAUGACUUGUCGAGACCUGGUGUCAUGGAAUGCAAUGAUCACUGCCCAUCUUCUUCAUCGUCAGGGAGAAGAGAUAUUGGACAUAUGGGCUCAGAUGGAGAGAUUAGGCAUCAGGCCUGAUUCCAUUACCUUUCUUCUGGUCAUGUCUGCUUGCAGUCACACAAGCUCAGAUUCUACAGAUCAAUGCAGGGAACUCUUUCUUUCGAUGUCAAGCAGCUAUGGAAUUGAACCAGCCAUGGAGCACUAUGCAGCUUUUGUUAACGUUCUUGGCUGCUGGGGUCACUUUGAUGAGGCAGAACAGCUUAUAGGCAGUAUGCCAUUCAAGCCUGGUGCAUUAGUUUGGCGGUCUUUGCUAGACAGCUGCAGCAAGCGCUCCAACAUGACCGUGCGAAGACGAGCUAUGAAGCAUUUGCUUGCAUUGGAACCACAAGAUCCAUCCACUUACGUAUUGACAUCAAAUCUCUUCUCCGAAUCAGCAAGGUGGCACUCCUCUGAGACCACAAGGCUGGAGAUGCGCGAGAAGGGCAUGCGCAAGAUCCCAGCACGGAGCUGGACGUUCAACGACAACACUGUCCACUCGUUCUUCGCACGGGACAGAUCACACCCGCAGUCCAAGGACAUCUACGCGGGCCUGGACGUGCUGAUCCUCGAGUGCAUCAAGGCCGGGUACGAGCCGGACACCACCUUCGUCCUCCACGACGUCGAGGAGUACCAGAAGCGGCACUUCCUGAUGUACCACAGCGCGAAGCUGGCGGCCAUGUACGGCAUCCUGACGGCAGGCACCGGGCGGGCCGUCCGCGUCGUGAAGAACAUCCGCAUGUGCGGCGACUGCCACUCUUUCCUGGAGCACGCCUCCGCCGCCACCGGUAAGGUGAUCUCGGUCAGAGACUCGUCAGGGUUCCACAUUUUCAGGGGAGGGAAGUGUACCUGCAGAGAAUAGAGACAGCCGGGCCAUUUUUUUUUGACAUGGUUGCAGUUUAGGAGAUAUAGAAGAUAUAUCCUUGCACUGAGGUCUUGUACAUCACUAUCAGAUUCUUCGGAAGCCUAAGCAUUCAAGCAGCAUUAUUAGUAACCGUUUUUCAAGGUUUCUGUCUGCAAUUGCUUGCAACCGGAGAAACCUUGGAAAGAACUUGCCUGCAUAGAGUCCAUGGAGGAUUGGAGGGGUGCUACGGCUUGCCGGUCUCAGCCAAACAAUGAAUCAUCACGCGGUCAUGUAAAAUUCAUCUAAACCCCAUGUUCGUUCGUAUUCAUCUCAAAUGUCUCACGGCGAAUCCAGAUAUAAUUGUGUCCGGCUGACCAUAUACAAGAUGCAACAUAUCAAAAUUCCAUGGACCGAACUGCUGCUGCUCAAGCUGAAGACGAUGCGAAACGUGCCAUCAUUUUUGAACCAUGGGAACAUGCGUGGAUCAAAUCAAGACGGGGAUUGGCAGCUUGCCCGUGCUGCCACAGUGCCGCCAGGCCAGGUAAGCGCAGAGGCAGCCGCCGGCGACGAGCCCCCGCCGCCGCGGCAAUGAAAGCCUGCAAGCACGCGUUGCACAGGGCCCGGCGGUGAGUUUGUCACGUGCAAGUCAAACGUCUAACGCAGCAGCGCUGGUUCCAAUACGCUAGUUCCUUUCAUCCUCUGUACUCACCCUGCUCUUGCCGGGCGAGCGACGGCGACUUCCCCGCGCGGCGGCCGUCGUCGUCGGCUCCGGCCUGGACGAGCACGUCGCCGACAGAGGCGGCCGCGGCACACGCCCGGUCGUACGAGCCGCCGCCGACCGUGGCCAGGCCCCGGCGGCUCGUCGGCGUCGCCAGCAGCCGGUCGUUGUCCUCCGUGUCGGAGUCGCUCCACGCCAGCAGCCUCCUGUACAGCGUCCGCAUGGAGAGGCGCCGCCGAGAAGGUUUCCCUGCUGCUGGGGCUAGCAGAGGUCGCCGGCGGCGGCGCGGGCUCGCCGUCUGCUCUCCGCGCGGAUUUCGUAAAAUGGCGGAUGGAACAUUUUCAAAAUGCCCCUGAUUUGGUUGAUCGCGAUCGAUCCUUUGUAAAUUUCGGAACAAACCCCUGAUUUGGGUCGCGAUUAUCCGAUGCAGGGAUCCGUUAGUAAAAUGCCAGAACAAAUAUUUGCAACAUGAUUCCUGAUUUGGAUCGCGAUUAUUAACCGCGAUCCGAUUUAGGGGUCCUUCUGAAAAUUUCUGGUUCCAGUAUUUGCAAUGCCUAGCUUGUGCCUUGAGUACCCCGAACCUUUUGUGCUGUGUUUUACUGGAGGAUAUUUACCUCUAGGAUAGUUGAUGAGCUGUUUGGGUUUCACGGAUGCGAUGUUGAUAUUUCAAGAUAUCUGUCUGAUUCUAGAUUCACUGGACGUGCUGAGUGCACUGUUCUACUUCUUUAUUGGAAGCUUUGUUUGAGAUGCUGCA